AUGGGUGAGGAUCCACAGGAGCGAAUAGUGGGAGGAUACGCACCGGUUCCACAUUCAAUCAAGUAUGUUGUGUCGUUACAGACAACACGGCGUCAGCACAUUUGUGGAGGCUCCUUGAUAAAUAAGUACUGGAUUCUUACAGCAGCACAUUGUAACAUUGGGAUUGACAACAUGUUGAUAGUAGCAGGGGACUACUCUCUGACCAUAUAUGAAGGCACAGAGCAAGAAAUCCUGCCCAAACUGUUGGUUCCCCACCCUGAGUACAACUCCAAAACCAACAACAAUGACAUCAUGCUCAUAAAGUUGCAGGCCCCAGUUUAUCUGAGCAGCUACGUUUCCAUAGCCAUGUUGUCGCGGCACGACGCCUCUAUAGCGGAGGGCAGGAUGUGUCGAGUGUCAGGCUGGGGAUUCACCAGCCCCAGUGGAGGCCAGAUCCCUGCAACCCUCCGCACAGUGAAACUGCCCAUCGUGUCAACACAAAAAUGCAACAGCAGUGAGUCAUUCAACGGCCAAAUAACAGAAAAUAUGCUCUGUGCUGGUUACAGUAUAGGAGGGAAAGAUGCCUGUAAGGGGGACUCUGGAGGUCCAUUAGUGUGUGAUGGUCGGGUUUAUGGCGUUGUGUCCUGGGGUAUAGGAUGCGGUGAUGCCCAGUUCCCUGGAGUGUAUGCAGCUGUGUCCAAGUUCCGCAGGUGGAUAGACGACACCAUUUUUAAUUACUACAGCAGGUGUAAUAAGAUUUAA